GUUUGCACUGUGUGUUGUGGACAAAAGGGGGACUUUUAAUAGUUUGGGCAAAAAACUAAAAGGUAGCAAUAGCAUGCGGUACAGGAAUUCGUUUUGGUUUCAAGACCCUGGUUCGCGGAGGAUACCAAAAAAGUCCUAAAGACAAGGAUAGAUCACUUUAUUCAGAAGCAUCGCUCAAAGCAAGUCAUCUGAGGAAGAUACAUGAACGCUCAAAAUGUGUUGGAUGUAUCCUGAUGAGAAAACCCUGAAGGCACACAGACGCCAUUCAAUUCUGACAGAAGAUCUUCUGCACACAGACUGCUGAAUGGCUAAGGCUGCUGAGUCUAAAUGAGAAUAAAUGCUGCAAUGAAUCUCUCCUCCACGCUUUGGAGGAUCCUCAUUGUUCUUCUCUGUUUUUCCAUUAAGCUUUGCAGCUCUCAAAUGAAUCUCCUGGGCUUCCUGACAGUUAAACCAGCUAAACUCUUCCUCAUCGGCUCAAACCUGACAGUGUACUGCCACACCAACAAAUGUGAAAAGGGUUUCAAAUUGUCCCUGGAGGUGAAUGGCGAGACUGUGACUUCUUCCAAAGAAAUCAACUGCACAGCGAUAUUCAAUCUGAUCAAUUUCCGGACGCCAUCUUCUUCAGUGAUCUGCAUGCUGAAGGGCCCAGACUCUUCUAAGAUUGUCGAUGGAGGGGACCUUAAAGGCGGGCUCCCUCCAGAUAAACCUGAAAACAUAAUAUGUGAAACGACAAGAAGCUCAGAUAAUAUAAUAUGCUCCUGGGAGAAAGGACAGAAAACACACGUCAAUACCACCUACAACAUUUCACUAAACAGGGAAAAUGGGACCCGGAUAGAGUUGUAUCAGAUCCAAGAUGAUAAACAAAGGGGUAGGCCUAACCCCCUCACCAUAUCCAGAGCGGUGAUAGAAGAAAACAUUAAAUACCAGUUGAUUAUCACUGCUUACAAUCCCUUUGGAGAAUCUCAAUCUGAUCCAUUCAUCUUCUGUUUAAAGGAUCUGGUGAUACCAGAGACCCCUCGUAUCGUGAACAUAGAGUUUGGGAAUAACUCCCAAGCAGCCGUGUUGCGAUGGGAAACCUCCGACUCCUCCGAGCAUCUCAGAUCUGAUGUCUGGCUCCGCACAGAUAAGGCCUCCUCCUGGACAGUGGCAGAGGGAGCCGAUCUCAACGAGAGUCAGAUUCGAGUGUCUGGCCUGAGGCCUCUGACUGAUUAUGAGUUCCAGAUGAGAACAUACAUGCCGCAUAACAACACGCCCAGGUCAAACUGCAGCAAAUGGAGCGCAUCUGUGAGGGGGAGAAGUCCUGGAAAAGGUCCGUCUCAGCAGCUGCAUGUGUGGAGGACGUUCGUCAGCCCGGGGUCAAAUGUGACUGUUUUGUGGAAGCCUCCAUCUCCAGAGGAUUACAGUGGAGUGGUGCAACAGUACAAGAUGUUUCUGGGUAAUGAGCAGAAACAGGAAGUGCUCUAUGGACCUGCAUCGAGUUCAGUUCCUGUUCCAGCAGAAAUCAAGGCAAUAAGCAUCAGUGCCAUCACCUCGUAUGGGACGUCUCCACAGGCUGAUGUACCACUCAAACAUUCAGGUGGUUUUGGACCUGUUUUAAGAAAGUUGGCUCCUGCAGAUAGCAGCAGUGCUGUUCUCGCCUCCUGGACGUGGACGGACGAUAAACACUGGUCCACAUCUGGAGGAGAACCUCUGCACUAUGUUGUACAAUGGACAACUGUACCUGGAGCAGAGAUGAAGUGGCAACGAGUGUCUAAAGAUCAAAACAACACUUUAAUUACAGGCCUGAGAGCAGGUGUGAGGUACAACGUCUCUCUGUACGCUGUGACCAGCAGAGGAGUCAGCGCUCCAUCCUCCAGGCUGGUCUACUCCAAAGAACAGAAGCCGGUUUCUGGACCCAACCUGUCAGUUCUGGUCCACGAGGCCCGGCGGGUCCACAUCCAGUGGGACGAGCUUCCUGUGGACCAGCAGAGAGGCUUCAUCACACACUACACCGUCUAUCUGCAGACACUCGACUCCAGCAACACUAAACUCAGCGUGACGGUGUCUGGCUCCGGCCCCAGGAUUCUGUGGCUGGACUGUCCUGAAGGAACUCUGGCUGUGCAGCUCUCCGCCUCCACCUCCGCAGGAGAAGGACAGCCGGGGAAGCGGAUCUUCUCCCAGCCUGAAUCCCCUGCAGUUGUCCUGGUGAUUGGGAUCGUUUUUGUCAUAACCCUCUUUCUGGCGAUCGUAGCCAACCUGAUGUGCUGGAGUUGUGUGAGAAAAAGGAUUAAACAGAAAUGUAUAUCCUGGGGACCGGCCUGGCUUGAUGAGAACUUACCAAAACUAGGAAACAGUAAUGCCAUCAGACUACUAAAGGUAAUGAAUUCACUGUUACCUCUUUUUGUGUGA